CUUUGUAUAAAUUUGUGGCAUGUGAUUUUAAUAGUGUGCUGCGUUUGCUUGUAUCCAGUAAACAACUACAAGCUUUAAAACUACGGGGUCAUGUAGACCGUGGAGGCUACUGGUACCUGUACCGGUAACGAACUCAGUAACUGAUGUGACAGACUUAGUAAAUAUAAAUGAAUCCGUAAAUAUAAAUGAAUCUAUUCAGAGAUAAACAGACUUAACAUAAACUGUGGAACACAACUGCCUGAAGAGGAAAGGUGUCAGAAACUGGGGCUGAUAACGACUGGAUUGUAUGUAAAGUCACGAUGUUGUAAUCUGAACAAAAUACACACAGUUAGUCUGCGUCGGGACCACUGGGCUGUUUGUGUGGCCAACUGUAGGAUCACAGAACAACGCCUACCUGUGAAAUACAAUACGCUAAGGAGCUAACUUUUGGUAAUGUGAUUCAGAGUCUACUAUGUUACGAAAAGCAGGCUGCAACAUCAUUGGAUUAAGUCAGCGGUUUGGUCUACCCAGUCCAGAGGCAAUAAUGAGCUCUGUCCAAUCAUCCGCUAGAUCACUGUCAUCCAACAAGCCACUUGUUACAGAUGUCAGUGGUAUAUUUCCCCCAAUAGCUACACCGUUCGACGCUGAUGGAAACUUGGCAUUGAACAAGCUUGAGCAUAACAUUUCACUGUGGAACAAGGUUCCACUUAGAGGGUUGGCCGUGCUGGGAUCGAACGGGGAAGUAGUUUACAUGAGACCAGAGGAGAAAGUGGAGAUGAUCCGCCAUGCCCGCAAAAUUCUGGAUCCCGAGAAACUGGUGAUAGGGGGCGCCGGAUGCGAGUCCACACGUGACACUAUAGACAUGUGUAUAAAGAUGAGCGAAGCAGGUGCAGAUGUGUUGAUGGUAGUCACACCUUGUUACUACAAAGGCCGGAUGACCAAUGAGUCCUUUGUGCAACACUACACGCAUGUUGCUGAUGAAAGCCCUGCUCCGAUUCUGUUGUAUAGCGUCCCAGGAAAUACAGGAAUCGACCUCUCCCCUGAGGCGGUGGUCAAACUAGCCAGUCACCCCAACAUCAUUGGGAUGAAGGACAGCGGUGGUGAUAUCGUCAAAAUAGGCAACAUUGUCCACAAGACACAACACCAGGAGUUCCAGGUCCUAGCUGGCUCUGCAGGUUUCUUACUGCCCGCUCUUGUGGCAGGCUGCGUUGGAGGCGUCUGCGCAUCUGCAAAUAUGCUGGGCGAUGCGUUAUGUAAUCUGCACAGCCUUUAUCAACAAGGAAAGCUAAAAGAAGCCAAAGAAUUGCAGCAGAGGAUUAUUGCUCCGAAUGCAGCGGUCACCAAAAUGUUCGGGAUUCCAGCACUGAAGGCUUCAAUGGAAUGGUUCGGGUAUUACGGAGGCCCAACCAGACUUCCAUUGAUUCCACUGAAAUCAGAUGAGGUGUCAAAGGUCAGGGAAACCUUCGUGAACAGUGGCUUUCUAAACUAGACCUCAUUAAUCUUACCUGUGAUGAAGACAUUAACAGCAAGGCAUUAUAAAUGGAUAAAACACGCAUUAUUAGAUUUACAGCAUGAUUUGGCUUUUUA